AUAAUUUGCCAUCCCUAGUCGCGCUCAAUGUGUUCAGCAAAUCACAGUCGAAAUCUUAACAUUAUCGACUGCAAUGUUAAGGUGUAAUCUGUACUCCUUCGUCCAGUUCAUAAAUAUAGAAGCUGUGGAUUUAGUGGUGGGAGUAUUAAGCUUCAUGCAGAUAAGAAGCGAGAAAAGUCGGAGAGAUAUUUCUUUUGUUUUUGAGCACUUGCCAUCGAUUCCAUUGUCCGACCCCAAUAUCAAUAUCAUGCUACAUCCUCGUCAACGACACCAAAACAACAACAACAACCACUGCAGACGACUAAAGCCAACAGCAAGAACAACAGCACUGGUGCAAGUAAGUAGACCGGUUUAACUUCCCGAAUUCCCUGUUGCCAGAGGAGUAUGCGUUGUCAUGAGGAGGCAGGCUCAGCUGCUUUGAUUUGGAUGAGUCACAACGGGCUUUCACCGCAGGUGCUCGGAGAAAGAGAAAAGACAGACUGCCCUCUACCACCAGCAAUUCUCCAGGAGAACCAGGUGCCCCCUGUAGGAAGGGUAUGAGCGAUGCCAGUCUAAAGUGGUACCUGAGACAACUCCGAACUUGCGAAAUGCUACGCAAGAGCUGUGAACCCACGUUUGUUACAGAGAACAGAAGGGAGGUGCUGGACAGCGGAUCGUGUUAUCAGAGCCCUCCAUGUCAGAUCACAAAAUCAUAAAAAUCAAAUUAAAAGUAAAUAUCAACCAAGCUAAAUUAGGUAAGAUUGUGCGGUUGUUCAAAAAUCAAUCAAUUUCGUUCUUUUCGUCCUUUAUUUUAGUCAUAAAGGUAGGUAUCCAGCUUCUAAAUAAUAGCUGAAGAAAAAAAUACAUUAUUUCCUCAAGUAAUUUUGACAGCUAGUCACGCAUUGUGAAUGAUUCACAUGAGAAGGGCAAGAGAAAAUAAACAAAGAAAAUUAACUUAUGUAUGUGUGUAAGCACAGAAAUAUUUGCAUUGCGAUUUACGGAAUAUGGAUGAAGAUUGGUAAGUUUUAUAUCAAAUUUUGAAAUGAACUAUAUUUCAUAAAAAUGGUUUUAUUUCACUGGAGGAUGAAUUUAAUGAUUACGUUGAAUUGUAGUGCCAUGAUGGCUGCCAUAGAGAUGGAUGCUGAAUCCCAAAACAAAGAGCAUAAGAAGAAGGCGAAAUAUUGGCUGAGACCAUACCUUAAGGAACGGAACAACAAGGGAAGAUUCUUGUCCGAUUUCGAAGCCUUGCGAAAUUCUCCAAAUUUAUUCGUUGAAAACUUUCGCAUGGCACCACAAGCUUUUGAUGAACUUUAUGAGAUGGUGGAGCCGCAUCUAUUUCUGAAACGCAACAGCAGGCCAAAAGAUUUUAUGCCAAUCAAAGCCAAUUUGGCAGUGGUUCUGGUUUUAUACAUUUUUUCUGAAUUUUAAACCGUGUUGUUUUUUUUUUUGAAAAAUAUUCUUACAGAUACUUACCUUCGGGGGGUUUGCAACGUCACUUAGGUUCUCGCUAUCGAUUAUAAAACAAAGUCACUUUUUCUGUCCUAUUGUCCCCUUAAAUGUUUAAAUAUUGAAAACUAAGCAACUGAUUUUGAUGCGGUUUUUUUUAAUAGAUAGAUUGCUUGAAGAGGAAGGUUUAUGUCAUUAUAAUUUGAAGAAAUAUAUAAAGGGGGUGUGGCACUCGGACAAAAUGUGGUAAAAAGCCAUAUAUUUUUUGUUUACAUAGCCAUACAUCAUAAAAGAAUCCACCGAUUAAAAUGAAACUUACUUGAAGUUAAACUUUCAAAUAUUUACUUUCGUUCUGCAUCAAAAAAAUAGUUGAUUCAUUUCUUAUUUAACCAAAAUUGUUUAAACAAGAGCAGCACUUUUUCCAAAAAAAAUUGUUUGUGUGUUUGUUCGCUGUCAACCGAAUGAAACUUUAGAAGUUAUGUGGGAAUCUCACCCCACCUCAUUCGUGUUGAAUUAGAUCGUGUGGUGAAAGAACUCGGUACGUACACAUGUAUGUAAGUACAUACAUAUGUACGAAUCUCUCGCAUCAUUAAAUUUCGGGCGUAAAUAUGUAUGUAUGUAUUUUCAAUUCAUGUCGUUAUUACCGUACUGAAUUCCAUGUAAUUCGGGGGUGUUGUGGAAUCUGAUAGUUGUCGGAAUCGGAAUUGAAACCGAUCAAAAAAAGCAGUAGGUGUCAUGAAUUCAGAUAUUAUUGGUUUGAUGUUCGAAACAGAAUUUGUAUCGGUUUUGGGUGUCAUCGAAACCAAUUUUAUCGGUUUUGCUAUCAGAAAUAAAACAAGAAGAUAAUCGCCAACAGAUUUGAAUAUUAGUUUAUAUUUCUGUGUGUUGUUAGACGGUUGAGAAAAUGGGAAAACAUAAGAAUAGAACGCAAAAUACGAUCAUAAUUGAAUUUAUGGAAAAAAAUCCAGAUAUCUUAAGAGGGUUUACGAAACGCAAUAAACCGACAAUAGAAUCGUUAUGGCAGGAAUUAACUGAAUCGCUUAAUGCUGCAGGUCCUCCACACAAAGAUGUAAACGGGUGGAAAAAGGUUAUUACUGAGUGGAAGAGCGAAAUCAAAAGAAAAUUAGCUCACAACAAAAUUGAGAGUCGAGCAACAGGAGGUGGCCCAUUUUCUAAAUAUCAGCUCACUCCAAACGAAGGAACUAUUGUGCGUCUUUGUGUCAUUUCUCAAACUAUAGAAGGCAUACCAGGUGUUGCUCUUGGCACCCAACCCGUCAAUGAAAAUUCAAAUAUUACAAUUGCAGGGGUGAAUGUAGAUUUGUCUUCCUCAUCGUCAGAGCAACAAAAUAUAAACUCAAGUUAUAAUGCAUCCAAUAGACAACAAGUUGUAAAAAUAAAAUAAAUAUGUAAAAAUGCAAAAAAAUGAAGGGUAUGAAUUUAGAUAUUUCAAAAAUAGCAAGCAAAUCUUCAUGGUAUAAAGAAAGGGGAAUUGUUUUACUCCAAAUGUAACGCGUGCGGGCCACGGACAGUAAUGAAUAAAUCAAAACUGCGGGAUCGAUUUUAAUCAUUUUUUCAGUGAGUGACAUAGGCCUUAUAUUUUAUUUCCGUGCGAAGCCGGGGCGGGUUGCUAGUAU